AUGCCCUCCUCCACCAUCUCAGUAUCUACCAACAACAGUUCGCUAGACUCCAAACGCAGACGCUUUCAGCCACCCAUCACUACAUAUUUCACGACACCAUCAAGCCCCACUUGUCCUCCUCACCUUUCGCAUACCCACUAUUCCGCCGCUACUUCCUCCCCAACCCCCGUCCUCCCUGAAAAGAUCCAAGCCUCGCUAUUCUCCGUCGGAAUGCGCGUCCGCAAGUCCGUCGCCGAAGGCUACAAGACCAAGACCGAAAAGACAAUGGAUGACAUCAAACCGACGCCAACCCUCUACCCCGCAUGCCGACCAUAUGUCACUGCCCGCGCAGAGCUCACUCCGUUCAGCGGAAUGGCAAGACCGAGCCAUCUGACAACACCUCAGCCUUACGCGGAACCCGUGAUGGAUGACUCCGAUGAUCAGAUCAUCACCGACGAUGGUGACGCGUUCUCUCUCCCGCCCAGCAGCCAGGAAUCCGCUGCGUCGCUUUCUACGCAAGCUCACGGCCAAAAACGGACAUACGACUAUGACAGCGAUGUGGACGAAUCCGACGAGUUUGCCUUCAACCCUGGGACGACUACUUGGCUGGAUUCAUCGCUGAGAUCAGCUCACAAAGCAGUUCCGGCUAUCGGACGCACCAUUCUUGCUCCCAGUUUGGGCCGGCAGCGGCGGCGCUUUGUCGCGGCUCAGAAGCACGGUGGGAUGGAGGUGGACGAUUUCGAAGAGCCUUCCUUCCUUCGCAGACGGGAGGAGGUCGAUACGGAAUAUGGCACGGGCCGAAACAGUGGCUACGAGGUCCAGAUGGGUGGUGUCUAA